UUUUAAGCAAAUGACGAAACUACCCCUCAAUUUCGGAAUAAAACUUUUUUUUUUUUUCACGACGGAAAGACUUAGAUGAUCUGCGAAGUCUUCGUCCUCAUGGUCUGACGAAGAGCAGAGACUAACUUGAAGAAGAACAAAUGGCGGAUUCUCGAUCGUCGGACGGCGAAAAGGAGAGGCGGCGUUCUGUCAACUGUAGCAGAGGGAAGAACGAGGCGAUGAAAGUCAUAUUCACUGAUCCUCAAAUUCUCGAUUGCUAUAUUUGUUGCGAGCCCUUGUCCGUUCCUGUUUACCAGUGUGAGAACGGGCAUAUUUCUUGCUCUAGCUGCUGCUCCAAAGUUCACAAUAAAUGCCCAAGCUGCAGCUUGGCCAUCGGCUACAUACGUUGCAGAGCGAUCGAGAAGGUUCUUGAAUCAAUCAAGAUACCAUGCCAAAACUCAACAUAUGGAUGCAAAAUCACAAUGAAUUUGAACCAGAUAAACGAGCACGAGACAUCGUGCCCAUAUGAGCCCUGUUCGUGCCCUAUAUCUGAUUGCUCUUAUGUUGAUUCGGCAGAGCAUUUGGGGUCACACUUCAGAAAAAGGCACCCAGACUCAGCCAAAAGCUUCUUAUACAAUUCAAGGUUCACAAUAUGCUUGAACAGUGGUGAUAGAUAUCGUAUCUUUCAAGCAGAGAACGAUGAUGCUGUGUUUGUCCUGUCUUACUCGUUUGAAAUCUUUGGCAAUGCGGUUACUUUGAGCCGGAUUGGAUCUCCGUUGUGUGAGAAGAAGUUUUGUUAUGAUAUCAAAGCCAAAUCACAGGGGAGUGUUCUUUCUUUGCAAUCAGUGGCGAAUGAGAUCCGACGUUGGAUUGAAGAUCCUCCUUUCAAGGGAUCGCUUCUGAUUCCAAAUGAGUUCUUCGGAUCUUCUUCAGCCCAGACGAUCUUGGAGAUUCGCAUUUGGCCUUCACGCAUGGCGGGUUCUCGAUCAUCGGACGGCGAAAAGGAGAGGCGAAGUUCGGCCAACUCUAGCAGACGGAAGAACGAGACGAUGAAAGUCAUACUUACCGAUCCUCAAGUUCUCGAUUGCUAUAUUUGUUGCGAGCCCUUGUCCGUUCCUGUUUACCAGUGUGAGAAUGGGCAUAUUUCUUGCUCUAGCUGCUGCUCCAAAGUUCAGAAUAAAUGCCCUAGCUGCAGCUUGGCAAUUGGCUACAUGCGUUGCAGAGCGAUCGAGAAGGUUCUUGAAUCAAUUAAGAUGCCCUGCCAAAACUCAAGAUACGGAUGCAAAACUACAACGAAUUUGAACCAAAUAAAUGAGCAUGAGACAUUGUGCCCAUAUCAACCCUGUUCGUGCCCUUUAUCUGAUUGCUCUUAUGUUGAUUCGGCAGAGUAUUUGAGCUCACACUUCAGAAAAAGGCACCAAGACUCCGCCAAAAGCAUCUCAUACAAUUCAAGGUUCACAAUAUGCUUGAACAGUGAUGAUAAAUAUUGUAUCUUUCAAGCAGAGAACGAUGGUGUUUUGUUUGUCCUCUCUUACUCGUUCGAAACUUUUGGUGAUGCGGUUACUUUGAAUCGGAUUGGACCUCGGUCGUCUGAGAAAAAGUUUUGUUAUGAUAUUAAAGCCAAAUCACAGGGGAGUGUUCUUUCUUUGCUAUCAGUGGCGAAGGAGAUCCAACGUUGGACUGAAGAUCCUCCUUCCAAGGGAUCGCUUUUGAUUCCAAAUGAGUUCUUCGGAUCUUCUUCAGCCCAGACGAUCUUGGAGAUUCGCAUUUGGCCUUCACGCUGAAGACCAACACUGAGGAUCAUCACAGGUGCACAUUCAUUUUAAAACAAAGCUGAAUUAUUGUUUAAACUGUCUUAAACGUUGUUGGCUGGCUCUGAUCUUUGUCACCUAAACUGUUCAUCUGGGGGGGAAGGACUUGGUGCAUGCUUUUGUGCAUAUCAUCAUCUUUUGUCAUGCAUAUCCAGUAAUAAAACGCAUCUUUUGUGUA